CGACUGUCGAUCCGCGAUCCGUCGUAGAGUGUCACGAGGACUCUGACCGAGUUAUCACGGCGUGAUCUCGAUCGGUACGCAGCCAGGAUAGUGUUUUCACGGGGGUACGUACCCCUGCGGAUCACGAGUCGCGAAGCUCCGCUGCCAUCGAGGAUUCACCUUCCUGUCCCGGUCGCUCUGUGCCGUAUUUCGCUUUUCUCUCUACCGUUUCGCCACCUUUUUUCCUCGCACCUGUGCACGCCGAACGCUGCCUUGGCACCAGCACACCGGGUGCGAGCGAGACUAGUCGACGUGGAAAGGAACCGAAGGGGAAAAACAGAAAACUCGAGAGCCUGCUCGUGGACCUCUUUCCGAUUCUUCUCUUCGCUCUCUCCUCUCGAAUCACGAACACACGGUGUGCACCGCUGGAUGGAUCGUCGACUCUGAUACUCGACCCGAUAUUUGUCCACCAUUGUUCGGUGUCCGAGCAGUGCCAAGGGAGCACGUAGCCGAACGAAUAGAGAAAAGUGACGUAUGUAAGUGUGAAAGUGAGCUGAAAGGAGCGAGCAGAAGUGCAAGUUGGCAGGCCUACUCCUUCGAUCUCCGGUAUCCUGUUCGUCCGACAGAAACAAUCGAGUUUGUUGACGAUAUCAAGGAUUCCCUUUAAGGCGUUCACCGCAGGUCUCCGCGAGCGCCUCAGCUGUGCGUGUCCGAGUUUGCCGAUUCGACGAAAUCGGCAAGUGCGGCUGUCACGAGCAUCUUCUGCGAUCCCCCGAGAGCUUACGGCGCGCUGCAGUGGGAAUUUUAAACUGCUGCGCGGCUGCCCGUUCGACUGGGCCGGACUUUAGAGCUGGAGAAUAUACAUGGUGAAAGUUUUGGCGAUGAAGAUGAGCAAAGUGGGCAACCAGACCAAUUCGCAGGACCCACAGGCGGUGAAUUCCCGGGUUUUCGUCGGGAAUCUAAACACGUUUCAGUGCAGCAAGACCGAUGUGGAGCGAAUGUUUCAGCGUUACGGCCGUCUGGCAGGAAUAUCUAUGCACAAAGGCUAUGCAUUCGUGCAAUUCACAAAUCCCUUUGAUGCCCGGAGCGCCUGCCUCGGCGAAGAUGGCCGCACCGUUCUUAGCCAGAUACUCGAUGUCAACAUGGUGGCUGAACCGAAACCCCAUCAAACUGGCCGCAAACGACAGAAUGUAACCAAAACUGGCAACGAUUGGGACUACUACUAUGAUAGUUACUACGCGUCGACUGCUUUUCCACCUCGUUUGGCGCCGCCGUUGAAGAGACCCCGUUUGAUGCCGCUUGCUCGGUCGCAGCAUCUCAAGCAACAGAAACAACAACCGGCCGCGAACACGGCCACCGUUCCGGACCUGAACCAGCUGAAAGUGUACAGCAACCCGGAUAUCCUGAUCUGCGGCAACUGCAGAGAGAUGUUUACAGACCUGGGCGAGUUGCUGGAGCACAAGCGAAAUUACUGCAAACUGCGGUUCACAUGUAAAUGUCACACCUUCAAUGGAACAGCUCCAAGAGACUCUACAACGGCUCUGCUCUGCGUUCUCUGCAAGGUAUCAUUCCCUUCAGCAUGGGAAUUGAUGGUUCACGCUCAGGCAGCUCACAUGAUCAACAUUUACGAGUUGGGAACUCGACCCCAGAGUCCCAGAUCUGCCCCGAGCCCUCCGCAAAGUCCAAGCCAACAUCAGAAGGAAUCAUCGCCGUCACCGCAAGAUUUUCAAGAAACCAAAGCAUCGGACUGCGAAGAACGCGCAGAAGAGGAGGAUCUUGAUGGACACGAAUUAUUGCCGUCCCCUGACAGCGGCAAGUCAACGGACAACGAAGCAGCUCUGUCACCGAUUAAAAUACGAUCUGAUGUAAAUGGACUGGACCAUGAGGAAUGCGACGAGCUGAUUCACGUCGAAAACACCACACAAGCUUGCAUCAUGCAUGCCCUCAGCAUUGACUCGUCCUUGGAACUCAACUCUGACACGAACUCGAGGGGAAGUUCCGGCCCAGUCAUGGCGUUGACUAAUGGAUCCUUGUCCGCGAAGGAAUAAGUCGAAAAAAGAAUUAGUCAUUGCAACACGGUUUUCCCUGUCAAGGGAUUCCGGUGCCGACGCCACCAAUGAGACAUAUCGAUCUCCUUUAAGGAUAACACACUCCUCUGUAUAUAGCUUAAAUGCCUAACAAAUAAUUCAGGGUCGUCUCAUGCCAGAUCUGGGACCUAUUUUGGCGAAUUUAGUAUCGAUGGAUUUCGAAUCGCUCCGAGGAUUCGACGAACGGGAAAGAUUUAAAGCGUUUCGCCUCCAUUUACGUCCAUCUCAUCGAUUAAUCCUCUUUUUUCCUUCGCCUUUCCUCUGCACCGCCCUCGCUCUAUAGAAUCUAGUCUUCGAGACGACGAGCUUUUGGCGAGCCUCCACUCGCGUAGACGAAGGUGUCGAUUUCUUUAUUCUCCCAUUUUUCUCUUUCCCCCCGCCUUUUCAAUCCCCAUCCUUCGUUAGAGGUGUUCCGAACACGCGACGCGUUCGAGGAUCACGGUCAACGAUCGGUGACUUCCGGUAGCGCUCGAAGAACCCAGAACACGAGAUUUCUACUCGACGAACAUCGUCUUCGGCUAUCGAUCGUCUCUAAUAAAAUCUCCGCCUUGUCACGGUAUAGAUGGAUCAUGCGGUGGUCGUACAAGUGAUACGUUGACCAUUUUUCUCGGACAUCACGUCGCGAAGGAACGUGGCUUAC